AUGGGCUCCAACCAGUCCAGACCUUCUGAUGCAGCCAUCAAUGAGAAGCUCAUCGAGCGACUCCAAGCUCUCCAAGUCAGGAAUGAUCGGACGACUAUGAAUGAGAAGGAUGGCUUCGUGGUUGUUGGUAGCGAAGCUCCCCCAAAGUACACACCGAAUGUCAAGUACCAACAAGAUGUGUCGGCGGCCAUUGUCCAGGAAUGGGAACAGGAGCUCAUGGAAGAUCCAAAGAACCGUCUUGCGCUCGCAGCCCUCAGCUCGAACCCCGCCAACGCCGUCCUUGCUUCCCGAUCAGCGACCAUUUUCGAUACUCAGAAGUUCAAUAUCAAGAUUCCUCUUGAGGGCUCACCGGUCACAAACCAGGCCUCGUCGGGCCGAUGCUGGCUCUUCGCGGCUACGAACAUAUUUCGCAUCGCCAUUAUGAACAAGUACAAGCUCUCCGAGUUUCAGCUCUCUCAGUCCUACCUAUUCUACUGGGACAAGAUGGAGAAGGCCAACUACUUUCUCGAGAGCAUAAUCGAUACCAAAGAUGCAGACAUCGACAGUCGACUUGUUCAAGCACUGCUAGCAAGUCCAGUAGGCGAUGGGGGUCAAUGGGAUAUGGUCGCAAAUAUCGUGGAAAAGUACGGUAUCGUGCCACACUCCCUCUAUCCAGACUCGUACAAUGCCGCCAACUCUUCGACUAUGGACCGACUCAUCACCACCAAGCUCCGCGAAGACGCUAUCCGUCUCCGCUCCAUCACCUCUAGUCGCAAUUCCCUAGAGUGCAUCAAAGCCACCAUCGCAAGCGAGAAGGAGAAGAUGCUACGAGAAAUCCACCUCAUCCUCACCCUUAUGCUUGGUCCGCCACCUCCCCCAGAUAAAGCAUUUACCUGGGAGUAUUAUGACCAGAACGGCACAUUGUGCACCGUCCGUACUCGCCCUACAGCUUUUGCAAAGGAAUUAUCAGACAACCGUACCAUACGUGCCCUAUCAGGCACAGAUGUGCACUCCCUCUUCUCGCUCGUUAACGAUCCUCGAAACCCUUACAACCGCCUCCUCAGCGUUAAUCGUCUGGGCAAUGUCUGGAACGGCAGACCAGUCACCUACGUCAACGUUAAUAUGAAAGUCAUCAAGGACGCUUGCAUUACCAUGCUUAAGCGCGGCAUUCCCGUCUUCUUCGGCUCAGACGUAGGAAAGUACUCGGACUCUACGAAGGGCAUCAUGGACACGGAUCUAUUCCAGUAUGAACUCGGCUUUAACAUCAAACUCGGUCUUAGCAAGGCGGAGCGUCUGAUGACGGGCGAAAGUCAGAUGACGCACGCGAUGGUGUUGACGGGUGUACAUGUCGUAGAGGGUAAGCCUGUACGAUGGCGUGUGGAGAACAGCUGGAGUGACAGGGUGGGCGACAAGGGCUAUUUCGUUAUGAGCGACAAGUGGUUUGAUGAGUUUGUUUAUCAGGCAGUCGUGGAUCCUAGUGUAGUCAACGCAACAGUGCGCAAGGUCUUGGAGCAGAAGCCGAAGAUGUUGGACUUGUGGGAUCCAAUGGGUGCACUAGCGUAG